UCCUGCAUUGUUAGUGUUACUGGUAGACCUGAACUUUUAGGAAAUGCCUCUAACCCAUCCCAUUUUCAGCGGAAAUAUAUCCUCAUUCGGUGUAUGUGUCACAAGCUAGCAACAUUAGCGAGAGCAGAAGAAGUUAUCUGGCACCGGCAAGCUGCUUCUCUCCAUUCUUAGUUUGCUGCCAUGUCUUCAGAUGGUGCCGAUUUUGUGGAUAGACACAUGGCUAAUCUCAUCCAGAGGGUCCACACGGUGAUGCCUAUAGCAGAUGAUCUGCUCAGCAAUGACAUGAUCAGUCCUGAGGAGUACUCUAAUAUUCACACUUCCCAGACCAGCCAGGACAAGAUAAGAACGUUGUACCCAUUCUUACAGUCAGGAGGGCCAAAAGUGAAAUCAGCCUUCUACAGGAGUCUGCUGAAACACGACCGUUAUCUAGUCAACGAUCUGGAGAGAGGACAUCUUCAGCCAGGUCCUGCAUUACCUCCUGCCUCCAAUAUAUUGUCAGGGACUGGAAGACAAUCAGUUGAACGUGCAUCAGAUGAGGAAUCAGUUGGAAAGAUCACAUACUACACCAAUAACGAUCUUGGAAAAGGUGCCGAUGGAAUUGUGUUCAGGGGUUUCUUCCUUUGUGAUGAUGCCAACAAGCGUCCUGCUGCAGUGAAGAGAAUUGAACUAGCAAAACAAAGCUAUGCUGAUCGAGAGGUCGUUUUGCUUCUUACAUUGGACUACAAUCCCCAUGUCGUCCGCUACUUCUGCACUGAGAAGGACAAGCAAUUCCUAUACAUUGCCAUCGAGCAGUGUGCCGCCUCUUUAGAUAAGUGUUUUACUAAAGAAAAUCCUUUUGACCUUCGCGGACUGAAACCAGUGACGCUGCUGGAACAGACCAUGAUAGGACUGAAACACCUGCACUCUCACAACAUAGUCCACCGUGAUGUGAAGCCCCACAACAUCCUGUUGAAAAAAGACUCUGACUCAUUCAUGGUCAAGAUCUCAGACUUUGGGAUGAGUAAGCAGUUGGCGGACGACAGACAAAGCUACAGCAUGAGGUCGGGAGCCCUUGGCACCAUCGGCUGGAACGCCCCAGAGGUCCUGGAUGAGAGCAGGAAAGGAAACCCUACCAGUGCUGUGGACAUCUUCUCUGCCGGCUGUGUGUUUUACUAUGUGUUGACAGGAGGCAAACAUCCCUUUGGGGAACCCAAUCGGAGGGCUGGUAAUAUCGAGGAUGGAAAAUAUAACCUCGACGGAUUACAGAAAGACAAACAUGAGGACAUCAUGGCCGAACACCUGAUAAAAUAUAUGGUGACUAAGGAGCCCAAGAGGAGGCCUUCUGCUGAGAGCGUGCUCGAACACCCCUUCUUCUGGAGCCCGGAGAAACAACUGCAGUUUUUCCAGGAUGUGAGUGACUGGAUUGAUGCACAGUUACAGCUGAAGCAGUUGAACAAGGCAAUCAUCGAUCAGCUGGAGUCAGAGGCAGAAAAAGUGGUCAAGGGGAACUGGAUGAAACAUAUCACUGAGGAUUUGCGAAAAAAUCUAGAAAAACGCAAAGGAGCAUGUAAAGGGGGCUCCGUUGAACGUCUUCUACGGGCCAUAAGAAACAAGAGUAACCAUUACGAUGAAAUUCCUGAUCUCCAUAAGACGUUCGGCUCAUUCCCAGAAGGCUUUGUGUCCUACUUCACCUCCCGCUUCCCCCACCUGCUGCUGCACACCUACCGGGCCAUGCUCACCUGUGCUGAGGAGAUGGCCUUCCAGAAAUACUACCCCAAGUUGAGAGAGGCGUGGAUGGUCAAUGACACACAGACAGCCUAAGACCAAAAGGUCCUUUACACCAAUCUUUGAAGUGAUGACAACCAAGCCACCAGCCAAAUAUUGUGUAUUUUUCUAGGCUUUGCUUUUAUUGUUGUUUUCGUAACAUGAACCUGCAGUGCACUGAAUCCAGAGACAUUCCUUCAAUGACAAUUCCAUAACUAGAUAGAGGCUGUCAGUUCACUGUACUGUCAGUGUACAAAAGUGACCUUCGUUUUUUUUUGUGUGUAUCUGUUUUUCUAUUACAUUGCUUAUGAAAUAUUAUUAUUUAUUCCUGAUCCUCUGUGGACCCUGACACUGUACUUUGUUUUGUUUAUGUAUGUGUAUAGAUGAUUUAAUGCUUUAUAGAUGAAGCCUGUACCAUGUUUGACUAUGAUGGCUUUUAGUGCCUCAACUAAAUUUGGGUGGUCCACAGUGUUUUAGUUCUUUUUUUCCCCCUGUAUUAUUUUAUUAUUGUAUCAUUGUGGAUUGACACUUAAAUACAUUUUUCUAACUAGGUUACGCUGCCUGGUCCUUCUGAUCACUGCUAGUCUAUUAGAGUCUACCCUGGUCCUUCUGAUCACUGCUAGUCUAUUAGAGUCUACCCUGGUCCUUCUGAUCACUGCUAGUCUAUUAGAGUCUACCCUGGUACUUCUGAUCACUGCUAGUCUAUUAGAGUCUACCCUGGUCCUUCUGAUCACUGCUAGUAUAUUAGAGUCUACCCUGGUCCUUCUGAUCACUGCUAGUCUAUUAGAGUCUACCCUGGUCCUUCUGAUCACUGCUAGUAUAUUAGAGUCUACCCUGGUCCUUCUGAUCACUGCUAUUCUAUUAUAGUCUAUAUAGACUGAUGUGAUAACAAGAUGUUUGUACUGUAGCUACUUAUUGUGUGCUAGCUAUAUGAAAUAUGUGAGCCUGCUUCACGAAAUCGAAUCACUCAAAACUAGUGGUUCACAUGGUGCCUCAAUAUCCUCAACAUACUGUAAGUCCCAGUAACUGGAAAUGGGUUCACUUGAAAUUGUAGUGUAUUAGGAUUAUGUCUUUGUUAAUGUUUUUCAUGUGGAACUGAAAAUAUGUUUAUGUUAGUUCAA